AUCAGGAACUUUACAUUUUAGGUUUCCAUAUAUAUACUACAAAUAUCCACAAGCCAAGUAAGGAGAUCACUGAGAUUAUUAAUUAAAAUAGAGAGAGAAAUGGAGGACAACCACCAAGAAAUUACACAACUUUUCAAUUCUUCAGAUGCACAAAAUAGCCAAGUUAUAAUAUCAAUGUCAAUCGUGGAAGAAGAUAUAACAAAGCUGUAUGAGGCAUCAAAGAUUGGAUGUGUACAAACCUUGAAGACACUCAUUCAACAACAUCCUUAUCUCAUUCAAAAGGCUUUAAUCUAUACAAUUGAGACUCCAUUAUUGCAUGUCUCAGUUUCUCAUGGGCACCUAGAAUUCACUCAGUUGCUUUUGGAUCACAACCCUCAACUUGCUGCUGAAGUUGAUGUCUUUCGAAGAACACCACUCCAUAUAGCUUGUGCAAAUGGAGAUAUUGAGAUAGUUAGAGCUUUGUUGGAAAAGAACACAAGUGCUUGCUUGGUUGAAGAUCGUAAUGGCUUCAUUCCUCUUCACUAUGCAGCGACAAGUGGGAAUAUUGAGAUGAUGGAAUUGUUGAUAAAUGCAAGACCACAAUCUGUUUUGAUGAAGCUCAACAAUGGUAAAACUGUUCUACAUUUAUGUGUUGAAGGAAACCAUUUGGAGGGACUGAAGCUGCUAAUUGCUCUAACAUUAUUAUUUGAAGACUUUCUCAAUACAGUGGAUGAUGUGGGCAAUACUAUUUUGGAUUUGUCUUUGAUGUUACAACGAAUUGAGAUGGUAGGGUAUUUACUCACAAUUCCAGAAGUAAAAACUAGAACAAGCAUGACCAAUUUUUCACCAUCAAAUGACAGAAAAAAAAGGCUACAAUCACAAAAGAUCACAAAAAUUGAAAGCCUCCAAAGACAAAGACGAGAAUCGAUAUCGUUGUGGACGACCAAAAAAACAAAAGGACGAACGUUGAAUGUAUUGAGUAAGAAACUGAAGUACAAAGGGGACUGGGUUCAUAAAGAGCAAGACACAUUGAUGCUAGUAGCUACUGUGAUUGCAACCAUGACUUUUCAAGGGGGAGUGAAUCCUCCGGGCGGCAUUUGGCAACAAGACACUUCAUUCAAUUAUUCCAAUUUCACUGAUAGUUCAAAUUAUGAAUGGUUCAAGAGAUUAAGCUUAUAUGGUUAUUUGACUGACAACGACAACAUCGACAACACCGCAACUCUAUUAUUUCCAGCUGGAACUGGAGUGAUGGCAUACCAACAACCCCAACUGUAUUGGGUGUACUUAUGGGUUAACACAAUAUCGUUCUUGGCCUCAGUGAGCGUGAUUUUGAUGAUCGUGGGUCGAUUUCCACUAAAAAAUAGAAUUUCUAGUUGGAUAUUAGCCUUAGCCAUGUGCAUAGCGGUGGUAUCCUUAGCAAUUGGGUAUUUGAUCGGAGUUAAAAUGGUCAAUCUCAUGGCAAUUACAGAGUAUAUUAAGUUCAAUGAUUACGACAACGUGUUGCCUUCAUCAGUUUUGUGUUGGCUUGCGGUGGUAGGAAUGGUUGGUCUAUGGCAAGUUGCUCACUUUCUCAAGUCCUUAUUUUACAUCUUCAUAUCUAAGCUCAAACCUCACUCAGCUUCAAGGGUAAACUCAGGAACAAGCCUCUUCAGCCACACAACUUAGUUAAAGAUCGAUGGAGUAAGAAUAUUUGAAAGAGAAGACUCCAUGACGAAGAAGAUACGCUUCUGCAGAGGACUCAUCAACCUCAGGCAACGCAGACAGCGUAAAGGAAUAACUCUGGAUGGGAUUAUUUCCUGGAGAAUUCUUAAGAAAUUAAUUUCGAUUUUGUAGCAGGGUCUACGAGCGCUCCAUUGGCAGCCUGGCAGGAAGCCGUAGUAAGACCAAACUAGGAGCAUGUGCGCUACAAAGAGAGUAAUUAAUCCAUCAAGAAUUAUAUUCCAUGCCAAGCAGAAGACAAUCGGGUGACGUCAUUAUUUUCCCCAACAAAUUUUUCAUUUUUGAAGAAAAGGACAAACAGCAGACAUAUCACAUUUAUCUUUAGUGCUUUCUUUAAAUGCUUUCUAUCCAUAGUGGGGGUCCUGUCCCACUAGUUUUAACUUUCAAAAAAGAAGAGAAGAUUCUCAGAAAAAGCCAAAAUGGGGUCCUGUCAUGUCGGCCAUUCUGAAAAUCUUUUGUAUUAUCAAUUAUUGUUGGACCACUGUGAAGACAAUAGUGAAGAUUAAUAAUUACUGUGUAGCAAUUAUUAAUUAUUA